AUGCGGCGAGAGCGCGCGUCUGUAAUGCUAGUAUAUUAGAAUCUGCAUUUUCUUGGUCUUAGUAUGUCACUAAAUUCAGUAGUGAGAACAUAUACACGAGUUUAGUUCAAGACACCUCCAAUUUCAAAGAAUAUCUACACAUUAUCAAGUUUGUUUUGUGUACCUAUAUUUUAUAUAAAUUAGUUACUUUUAAUAUUUUUGAAAUGUUGAACUACAAAUUAAAUACUACAAAUAUUUGCAGCUGAAAUUAACGUUUGUUGUAAUGGCUGACAUAAUUGUACGGAAAGCUAUACGUGAAGAUUGCAAAGCUCUCAUGGCACUUGUACAGGAAUUGGCGAACUAUCACAGACGACCCAACAACGCAAUAAAAAUUGAUUACAAAACAUUAGAAAAAGAUGGCUUUGGCGAGAAACCCUUAUUCUUCUGUUACGUGGCAAUAUAUGAUAAAAAUCUCAUUGGUUACGCUUUUUGUUCGUACAUUUAUUCUCCACGGGUCGGAAGAUCUAUAUACAUGACAGAUCUUUACGUGACAUCGGAUUUUCGACAGAAACACGUUGGCAGUCAAAUUUUACAAGCAGUCGCGAAAGACGCAUUAGAGAAUAAUUGUCAUCAAUUGGAUUUCCUAGUUCUCAAUUCGAACCCAGCACAACAAUUUUACAAAAAACUAGGGGCUAGUGAUGUGACGAUUGGAGAACAGUGGCAUCAUUAUUGCUUUGCUAAUGAAGUGUUGAGAAAAUUAGCGUCUGGCAAAUAGAAUAAGUCAAAAUAUAGCAGCUGAUGGUAGUGUUUUAAUAGUGAAUAAUAAACGUUAUUAGCUGGUUUAGUAAUUAAUAGACAAAUUAGUAGACAAAUUACUAUAUGGUAGAAAAUUUCUUUAUAAUAAAUAAUAAUAGUAAUAAAGAAGAGUGGCACUUUAGUGCCAAAAUUUGCCCAUGAGAAAAACGUUUAAAAUCGGUUUAUUUUUAUAUUAUUGGAUUUGCUGAACUAGAAUAUGAAGCUUAAAAUUUUCCACAAUGCGCGGAACUUUGUGAAAAUGCAAUUUUUCUAAACGAAAGUCUCAUUUUGUAGCCAA